AUGGCAAACCCCCCGUUGACGGUAGAGAUAUGGCAAAAAAUCCUGCGACACGCCAUCUUCGUCCCCGUUUUCCUCGACAGCGACCCCGUAGAGACGUACGGCACUGAAGCGCUGCCUUACUUUCAUGACGAAGGACCAUACUGGGAGGCGGAACGAGGGAGGAAUAGCCUACGACGCGUAUUUUGGGCAUGGAAUCUAUACCUUCGAGCUUACGAUAAUCGCUAUAUCCGUCUCUCGGAUGUCGCCCGAUUGUGCGUCCCAGCGAUCGCCCUGUCUCGUGCAAUCCGAAUCUCUGUUGCGAAUUGCUAUACAUCUCACUUUCCUACUCUAUCAGCAAUCGAAGACUCUGUGGAGAGUAAGCCGGAGCCAUGGCAAAUGGAAAUUCUCGAUGGACGCUGCGUCGCCUCAAUGGACGUCAUACAGUUCCUCACGAUGCCCCAUAGAAUAUCAAAUAUACGCGCAGAGAUCAAUGGCGUGCCCAUCUUAUACGAGGCCCUUGCAAAAAAUCAGUCCCCGGUUACGUUCUUGGGAAACACCAGGUACACAACACUCCCCUGGCAAUCCUUUAACCUUCGCCAUACAACUACCAUGAUGAUCGCCAUAUCAGGCGACUGGGAGCAUCCAUUCCUGGAUAUGCCAAAGCUUCGCCACCUCCAGAUUUGCACAUUUCUUGGAGACCGAAAUUACCAAAAGGUUUUCCGCUGGCUUAAGGUAAUCGGAGGACAGCUCCGAACUCUAUACUGGAAGGGACGAGAGUGCCCCGUUCCAUUGGAUCCAAAUAUUUGGGAGAUGUGUCCCGCGGUCGAAGUGCUGGAGAUGCCUUGCGAUUGGCGCUACCAACCACCACCACCAGCAAACCAUCCAAUUCGAGCACUCAGGGUGGAUAUGCGGCGCAUAUACCAUACGGCAGAAGAAUUUUGUCACAUACGCGGUCACUUUCAUCCUUCACUACGACCAGGAGUUCCCUUGAACGUUCUGGAGAAGGCAAAUAUUCGGACACUUGCCAAUACCGAACAUUGGUUAGAAGAAAGAGAGGGGGGAAGCAAUCGAACAUUGAUAGAUGCUAUAUUCUGCUUGAGAAAUCAGGCAGACAAACAAGGAAUUGCGCUCGUGGACCUAAAGUGGAGAACAUAUGAAGAGUUUUCCAGACUUCGAUUCGGGUUGAAGCCCCAAACUCCGUAUAUCAUUUAG